AUUGCGACGAAAAUCGAUUGGAAGUCAUAUGACUGUCACUGGGUUGGUCUGUUUCGUGGUUUUCUACGAUCAGUCGCRCAGUUAUUUUCUCUUGAGUAAAAUUAGUUUUUCUCCAUAAGUGGCUGAAAAUGGCUAGUCAGACUCAGGGAAUUCAGCAGCUGCUCACUGCUGAAAAGAGGGCCGCAGAAAAAGUAUCAGAAGCCCGUAAACGCAAGGCACGCAGACUAAAGCAGGCCAAAGAGGAGGCCCAGGAGGAAAUCGAGAAGUACCGCAAGGAAAGGGAACGCCAGUUCCGGGAUUUCGAAGCCAAGCAUAUGGGCUCAAAGGAGGAUGUUGCUGCUAAAAUCGAUGCAGACACCAAAAUCAGGAUUGCCGAUAUGAAUAGGCUGGUCCAAGUUCAGAAGGCUGCGGUGAUUCAAGAUAUCUUGGCUCUGGUUUAUGAUAUCAAGCCCGAAAUCCACAAGAACUACCGCCAGUAAACUAUUGUUCAAGGCACGAUGUACUUUUUAUUUAGGUACUAAAAGCAACUAAUUUGUAGAUACUUAAUUGAUGUAUUAUCCUAACUCAUUCCAUUUUUUUAAAUGUACAAUGUAUCCUUUUUUGCGCGACAUGCAAGUGUACACCUUUUUUGAUGUUCAGUUUACAUUUUUAAGACAACCUGGCAAUAUUACACUAUACGUACAUAUAAAAAUGAAUAUCGAUUGUUAAAUGUUUAGACACGCGAUUUCUUUAUUGUCCUGUUUGUUGUAAGUCUGUUGUGGAAUAAAAGAACUCGAUGUUU